GUGCGAUGCAUUAUAAGGAACAUAGUUAGGGACUGGGCAGUAGAGGGUAAAAAAGAACGUGAUGAAUGCUACAACCCUAUACUUGAAGAGCUUAAUAUGCUAUUUCCUAAUCGCAGUAAAGAGAGUCCACCUGCGUGUUUAGUUCCUGGUGCUGGACUUGGUCGGCUGGCCCUGGAGAUUUCAUGUUUAGGAUUUGUCAGUCAGGGAAAUGAAUUUUCGUACUACAUGAUGAUAUGCUCUAGUUUUAUUCUUAACCAUUCCCAAACUGCCGAUGAGUGGACAAUUUAUCCUUGGAUUCACGGCAAUUGCAAUUCAUUAUCAGACAGUGAUCAACUUCGUCCUGUCUCAAUGCCAGAUAUUCAUCCUGCGAGUGCUGGAAUUACUGAAGGCUUUUCCAUGUGCGGAGGUGAUUUUGUUGAAGUCUACAGUGAUUCAAGCCAAGUUGGUGCAUGGGAUGCAGUUGUGACGUGUUUCUUUAUUGACACUGCUCAUAAUAUUGUUGAGUACAUUGAAGUAAUUUCAAAAAUUUUGAAAGAUGGGGGAGUUUGGAUAAAUUUGGGACCUCUACUGUAUCACUUUGCAGAUGUGUAUGGGCAGGAGGAUGAAAUGUCCAUUGAAUUGAGUUUGGAAGAUGUUAAAAGGGUCGCAUUAAAUUAUGGGUUUGAAUUUGAGAAAGAAAGCACAAUUGAGACAACUUACACCACAAAUCCUAGAUCAAUGAUGCAAAAUCGUUACUUUGCUGCAUUUUGGACCAUGAGAAAAAAAUCUGGUGCAGUGCAAUUGCAUGUACUCUGA